AUGUCUCAAAUUCUCACCGUCUUCGGAGCCACAGGCAACCAAGGUGGCUCGGUCAUCAAGUCCAUCCUCGGCGAUCCCGCUCUGUCCAAGCAGUGGAAGAUCCGGGCUGUCACCCGCGACCCCAGCAAGCCAGCGGCACAGGCCCUCGCCGCCCAGGGCGUUGAGCUCGUCACCGCCGACAUGUCCUCUACGGAGGCGGCCCUCCCCGCCGUCACCGGCGCGCACACCGUGUUCCUGGUGACCAACUUCUGGGAGACGAUGAGCCGGGCGACCGAGGUGGCGCAGGGCAAGGCGGUGGCGGACGCGAGCCAACGCGCCGGCGUGCAGCACCUCAUCUUCUCCUCGCUGCGGGACGUCACGCAGAUCAGCCAUGGGCGCCUGGCUCAUGUCAGCCACUUCGACGGCAAGGCCGAGAUCGAGCAGUACAUCCGCGCCAGCGGCGUGCCGGCCUCGUUCGUGCUGGCGGGGCUGUACAUGACCAACUUCUUCCAGAUGCUGAGCAAGCAGGAUGAUGUGUAUACUCUGGGGUGGCCGGUGGAUAUGGCCAAAGCGCAGGUGCCGUUGUUCGAUCCGGCUGAGGAUACAGGUAAAUUCGUGAAGGCGGCGAUCAAGCACUUCCCGUCCUCGGUGGGUCAACGCAUUUUGGCGGCGGACGAUUACUACUCGCCCCAGCGGAUUGUGGAUGAGUUCCACGAGGUCACCGGGUACAAGGUCCAGACGGCGCAGAUCCCGGAGGAGGUGUUCAAGUCGUUCUUGCCGGCGCCGAUCGCGCAGGAGAUGCUGGAGAAUAUUUUGUUGUUGGAGGAUCCCGGGUACUAUGCUGGGGAGUCGCUUGCUCCCUCGCAUGAGCUGCUGGACAAGGGUGACAAACCGACUUCGUGGAAGGAGUUUGUGGCGCACCACAAGGAGAAGUUCUAA